AUGAAGUUCAUAUUUGUAGAAUAAUAAAAUGGAAUAGAUUUUAUGAAAAAAAAAUUAAACCCUGAUUAUCCUUUUCUUGUUUUGCCAAGGACUAGUGAAAACUUCUUCACAGACCAGAACCAGUCUGGAGACCAUUGUUUAGAAACCUCAGGAGAUGUUUUGUAAGGUCCGUUCCAGCUCAGGCAUUCUAGGAUUAAAAUACGGAUCUUUAGGGCCUAGUUUCCCUUUCAGGGUGUUAGUCCUCAAAAUAGCUCACUGGGGGCUUAGGAGAGCCCUUUUGCAAGAGCACUAUGAACUCCAGUGUUGAUGCCCUACUUGGACUCACUCUUUGAUUUUUCCGAAUUUAUCUCUCCUUCUCACACUGCCUGCCAAACCUUCCACAUCCUCUCAUCCCAACUAACACACUUACCCAAAAAUUAUGUAGGAAAAUCAGGGAACACCUUUCAAGGAUUUCGAAGCCGGCUGCUCUAAAGAUAUUCGCACCCUAGGAUCCUGUAAGCUCACCCUUUGGUCUCUCCCCUAAAAAUACACUUGAGUAGAAGCACUACACCCCACCACUUUUAAGUGGCGGAGCUGCGGGAGGGAAAAGAGACUCAGAGACCUGUCCAGAGUGGGAGGGGCCAGAGAGAGGUCCGGGAACCGCCCCCGCUCCUUCUCGGCUCAGCUGGCCCCGAAGCUCGUACGAGCCCCCCUUUUUUUUUAAAAAAGCGCGGGCGCGCCUUGCGCAGGCGCAGUGCCGCUUGAACGUACCCGCGCAUGCGCAGUGGUAGUAGGAUGGCGGAGUUGGUGUUUUUUGCCGUUCCCACCGAAAGUGACAAAACCUUGCUGGUGUGGGAACUGAGUUCUGGACCCACGGCCGAGGACUUGCAUCAUUCUCUGUUCACAGUAUUCUCCCAGUUUGGCCUUCUGUACUCGGUCCGAGUCUUCCCAAAUGCUGCAGUGGCCCGUCCUGGUUUCUAUGCCAUCAUCAAGUUUUAUUCAGCAAGGGAUGCUCACAGAGCUCAAAAGGCAUGCCACGGGAAGCAUCUUUUCCAGAAUUCUCCAGUGAAGGUUCGUCUUGGCACGAGACAUAAAGCGGUUCAACAUCAGGCCCUUGCCCUAAACAGCUCCCAGUGCCAAGAAUUGGCAAAUUAUUAUUUUGGUUUCAACGGGUGGUCAAAAAGGAUCAUCAAGCUUCAGGAUCUUUCUGACCUCGAAGAAAGAGAAAAUGAAGAUACUGCAGUACCACUUCAGAAGCAGAGCCUGAAAUUCUUCUGUGCCUUAGAAGUGGUGUUGCCAUUCUUUGAGUGCAGGAGUCCUGGAGUCGGCAUGGCCGAGGAGCCUUUGGAGAAGUUGGAGGAAGGGCCAUUAUCAUUUCUGAUGAAAAGGAAAACUACCCAGAAGCUUGCUAUUCAGAAGGCUGUGUCAGAUGCAUUCCAGAAACUGGUGAUUGUGGUUUUAGAAAGUGGUAAAAUAGCUGUGGAAUAUAGACCCUGUGAAGAGAUUACAGAUGCCAGAACCGAAGAGGAGCUACAGGAUUUAAUUCAAAUCAGCUACUUUUCUUGGAAGCAGGAUGGCCAAGGGGAGGAAGAAUGUCUCUCGGACUUAAGCUUUGAAGAGGAUGAGUUCAAACAGCCAGAACUGGACUAGCAUUUUUAAUUUCCCAGGAUGCCAGGUCCUGUGGCUUCCUUGGGAAACUGUCCACCCCUCCCCCCCACUCCCCGGUCUCCCCUGCCUCCCGCCCAGAGCUGCUGGAGUCCGUGGCCAUCCUGCCUCGCUGUGAGCAUCAGGAGGUAGCUUUGCCCUUUGUAGAGGGAAGGGAGGCUUGGGCCCCCGUGAUUCUGGAAAAGGGCCUCGCUCCGACCGGCGCGGUGCCCACCUGAGCCCAGCUAAUAAAGGUGGCGUA